AUGAUACGGGCAUCUAUUAACCAAUUCCUAUGUCUUUCAUCAGUAAAUUUUCUGCCUUUGCGUAGUGGAUGCCGUCUCUACAGAAAAUUCGCCUCCCUUGAGUUUUAUUUAUCCAUACUGUGACUGCAGUGGGGAGCAGGUGCGCCUUCUACGGAAGAAGAUUUUUCUUUCUUGCCACGGCUCCGUUGUUGCUCUCCAGAGAAGGCUCAUCAGAAUACUCCAAUGCCAAUUCUCUACAGUAUGUUUCAUAAUUUCCAUUCCGCUUCCCAUCUUCCCUCUGAGGCAGUGGCCUCCCAAUCCAUCAAAUUCCUUGAACCCUGCGACAUUAGUGAAGUCAUGAACUCGAGCUCUGCUGUUCGAUGUUCAGUUACCUCUCGGUUCCGCCAUGCUACUUCAGUUUGACCGCAUCCUUUCAAGUCAUUUCAUAUAUUAGUAAAGUACUAGAUGGAUGUAAGUCACAAAAACUUUUAGAGAUAAGAUACCCAGUUGUUGCAUGUUUCUAGACGAGAGCAACGUGACAAUUACGUAGCAGCCAAGUGGGGUCAAGCAAUGCUCUCAACAAGUGAUAUUGGCGAGCUUUUGCAUGUGGCCACAAGGAGUGCUGGGCUAGAUGAAUGGCACAAACCAGGAGAAAUCUUAAUUCCUUUUCUUUUAAACUUCUGCACUUUGAGUACAUGAUGUUUGUUUCUCUUAUUUGUUGUCAGCAGAGCAGUAGAACCUGAUGAAUCUUUACUUGUUCGAACUAAGUUAAGGAAAGUCCUUUCCAAGUCCAAAGCUCCUGGCGUACUUCGGUUGGCCUUCCAUGAUGCAGGGACAUUUGACAUGAAUGAUAACACAGGUGAUUUUGGAGCUAGAACUAAAGAACGUUUCCUGUUUCUUACUUCUUUGUCUUCUCUACAUUUCACGGUGUCAAGCACCAUUGGGUAGUCUUUUAAUGAAUUAUAUGCUUCACUUUUCCUGGCAGGUGGAAUGAAUGGCUCGAUUAUUUUAGAACUUGAUAGACCUGAAAAUGCAGGUUUACGUAGAUCUGUGAAGGUGUGUCUAAUUUCAUCCUCUCUUCCGUGCAUAUUUACGUAUUCAAAAAAUAAUUGUGUAGUUGCCCAACAUAUAUUAUAUAUUAUUGCUUUGUAUCAUGACAACACAGGUUUUUUGGUGGAUAAUUAUAUUCUAUUAUUUAUCAUUCUUCUUUUUUUGGUCUCCCCCUGUCUAUUUAUCCUCUUAUUGACUCUCUACUUUGUUCGCUUUUCUCCUUAGAUUUUGGAAAAAGCAAAGAGCGAAUUGGAUAAGGUUCAGAAUGGUAUGAUUUUCCUAUUCAUUUUAAUUCAUGUGUUUCUGCAUGUGAUCAUUCUUUCUCUUCUUGAGCUUUAUCAUGGGUUACAUUGAUGUCAGUGUCCUGGGCUGAUUUGGUUGCCGUGGCUGGUGCUGAAGCCGUUUCAUUAUGUGGAGGUCCUGUCAUUCCUGUUCAGUUAGGCAGGAUGGAUACAAGGUUAAAUUUCACUUUAUAAACAUUGCACUAUUUUUAAGAAAAAAAAGAAGAUGAGGAAUUAAACACAGGGGUAAUUGAUCCCGGCUGUUUGAUCAAAUCGGUUGAUGGCUCUUUAUGGGAAUUAUCGGUAAUUCCCCCUUGAAUAUCAUAUGAAUUUGACUCUUCUGAUACAUAAUUUUGUGUUUCUUGGAAGUUUACUUUCACAAGUAAAAAAAAAAUCAAGCUGAUGACCUGAUCCUUCUUUCAUUUCUUUAUAAUGACAGGUCGCACCCCUUUUCAAACGAAUGGUUAAUCGCAUCUGAACCAACAAUCCUCUAACUUUUGGAUUUUCUAUCAUCCAGUAUACCAGACCCCGAGGGAAAACUUCCCCAAGAGACGCUAGGCGCUUUUGACUUAAAGAAGUGUUUCUUAGAGAAAGGCUUCUCGUGAGUAUAUAUAUUCUUAUGCCAUGGCAUCGGUUUUUGUCUUCUUCUGCCUUUUCUCUUGUCUACGUUACCAUACCUGUUUUGCGUAAUCAGCUUAAUUUAGGCGGAUAAAUCUGUGUUUAUCAACAUGCUACGAGCUUUUCCAUUUCCCCCGAUUCUCUGAUGUACACUUGAAGCUUAUGAAAUCUUUCCUUGUGCGUAGACGGUGUUCCUGGGGACACUUAGAUCAAAACUCCUGAUGGGUAGGAUCUGAUUUGGUCCUCUGGUCAUUCUAAUACUAAAAUAACAAUCUAGAGUAUUUUUGUAUGCCGUAGAAGUAAUGCACGUAAAGAUAGUCCAAAGUCAGAUCAUGCUCUGCUUAUGUGUUUUCAUCAGGACUUCCCAAGUCUUUUAUUGAAGUCAGAUUAUGUUUCAUAGGCCACACGUUAAAUUUGCUCAGAGUUUAAAAAAUAAUAUUCAUGUCAUGAGAAUUCCGAUAAUGAUGGGUUUUGCAGUGUAUCAGAGCUUGUGAUUCGGCCAUUGAGAACUCGUGAUAUUUUUGCAAAUGUUCCAUGUUGCUCUUAUGUUUAGUAUGUAGGCUGUUGGUUUCCUCUCCACUGUCGUCAGUGACCAAGUCCGCUUUGCUCAGUAUGAAUGGCAAAGCGCUUUGAUUACUUCUCCGUUUCUGCUGGGGAACCCCAAUCCCUGUGCCGUUUGUGAUCUCUAGAAUUCGCUGUUCCUGUGCCGUUUGAACCUGUCGUGUCAAGGAAAAAAAUUUAAGAAAGCCGUUGAUCCUUGUGGAAGUCGUCCCAAGGCUAAAGCGUAGAAUAUUACCGUUCGUAAUUUGACUUUUUACGUCGGCUGUUAUUUUAGAGAACUGGCGAUGGCACGAGUUCGUCUCAUGCUGCCGCGGGUUUUCUGUUGCUUCGUCUGGCGUUGCGUCCAUCAUUCUACAGCUUCUGUAUAAACGAGAGGUUCAAAAUUGCAGAACGCAAGAACUGGUCAUACUGUCCGGAGCGCAUACGCUGGGAGGAAAAGGCUUUGGGAGCCCAAUCGUCUUUGACAACACCUACUACAAGAUACUCUUGGAGAGACCGUGGGUGUCCUCCGGUGAGUAGCCAGAUGCCCGUCUGUGCAAAUUGGACGUGAUAAUUCUCCUUGUGGGUUCCCAUUUGGCGUCAUUGCCUUGGACCGACGUCCGCGGCCUGCGAUUAAUGCUAGUCGGAUCUUUCAGUUGCAGGCUCAGGCCCUUCUAUGUCGAGCAUGAUCGGGCUCCCAUCGGACCAUGCGCUCGUGGAGGACGCCGAAUGUCUGAGGUCCUUACCGACGACGUUGGUCUCUCUUUCAUUGCCGGCGCAUUGCACCGUGGGGCUUGAUGUCUGAUGCGCCUUCCUUGCUUCUGCAGGUGGAUCACGAUCUACGCAGCUGAUGAGAGGAGGUUCUUUGAAGAUUUCAAGAGGGCGUAUGUGAAGCUCGUCAACACCGGCGCGUCCUGGAGAGAUGCCUAG